CCCCAAAGAAAUCAAAUGGAUUCCUUUCCUUCUUCUACUUCUUAUUAUAAACUUCUCAUUCUCUUCAUCUUGUCCUCUUUUCAAACUCUAUAUUCCACACCUAAAAAACCAUCAAAGGCUUCAACCCAAACAAAAAACUCCCUUUUUUUUUAAUUAUUUAUUUAUUUUUAUUAUUUAUUUAUUUAUUUAUUUGUUAGUAGUGGUGAAGGUGGUGGCAUUUUCGUGAUUAUCUCUGCCGGCCAUGGAUCGCCGUAUGGGCUCUGAGGAUGCCCUAAUCGCGACGCUCUCCGGCGCCAUCCAGACGCUUGGCCGUGGCUUCGAUGUCACCUCCGAUGCUCGCCUCCUCUACUGCAAAGGGGCACAUGGCUCCCUUGUUGUCCGCCCUGACGAAGGCUGUGCUAGAGAUUUUGGUCUCUCGGAGUCUGGCCCUUUCCUUAGAGCUGUUCCUGUUGAUGUUGAUGUCUCCAGAGGGAGGGGCGGACGGCGGGAGACUACCCAAGUUUGUAGCUUUCAUGAAAUGGCUCAAUAUUUCAAUAGAAAGUCGGGAUUGUCUGAAAAAGAACCCCUUGGAAGUUUUAACUCCAUGUUCAACUUCACCGGUUCAUGGAAGACUGAUGCUGCAAUGACAAAAGCUCUUGCAAUGGAUAGUUAUUUCAUUCCUCUUUUUAAGGUUGAAUUGAAUAACCCUAACCUAGCUUUGCGAGAGGAGGUUAAACGUGCUGGACCACGGAGUUGGGAUCCACAAUCGUUGGCAAGCUUUAUUGAGAAAUUUGGUACCCACAUCAUCACCUCUGUUACAAUUGGUGGUAGAGAUGAAGUUUAUAUUAAGCAGCACAUUUCAUCGCCUUUAUCUUCCGCAGACAUUGAGAAGUAUGUGCAAGAUAUAGGUGAUCGAAGAUUUUUGACUUUAAAAAGCCAUUUUACUUCUUCUCCCAUAGCAACUAAAGCCAAGUCUGCGGGGGCAUCUCCGCAGCGUGACAUGAACUCUCAGCCAUUUUCUGUUCCAUAUUUAAGUGGGAAAGAGGAUGUUAUGGUAAUAUUUAGAAGAAGAGGUGGUGAUGAUCUUGUUGAAAAUCAUAUGGAGUGGGCAAGCACUGUAUCCGCGUCACCUGAUGUUAUCAACAUGACAUUUUUGCCCAUUGUUUCGCUUCUUGAGGGAAUGCCAGGAAUUAAGCAUUUGGCUCGAGCAGUUGAUUUAUAUUUAGAGUAUAAGCCGCCCAUAGAAGAGCUGCAGUAUUUUUUGGAAUUCCAAAUUCAGCAACUUUGGGCUCCGAUUCAUGACAACAUUGCUGGACACCAGAGGAAAGAACCUGUAUGCCCUUCUCUUCAAUUUAGUUUGAUGAGCCCCAAGCUAUAUAUCAGCUCAGAGCAGAUAUCUGUUGGUCGCAGGCCAGUAACGGGCCUCAAGCUGUGUCUAGAAGGAAGCAAGCAAAACCGACUGGCUAUCCAAUUAAAGCACCUCGGGUCCCUGCCAAAGAUACUCAAGCCUCACUGGGACUCUCACAUUGCAAUCGGACCACCAAAGUGGCAAGGCCCAGAGGAACAGGACAGCCGGUGGUUCGAACCAAUCAAAUGGAAGAAUUUUGCGCAUGUGAGCACAGCUCCCAUUGAGCAUACUGAAGUCAGUUUUGGAGAUCUUGUUGGUGUUUACAUUGUGACAGGUGCCCAGCUGGGUGUCUGGGAUUUCGGCGCCAAGAGUGUUUUGCACCUUAAACUUCUUUUCUCCAAGAUUCCAGGGUGUACAAUUCGGAGAUCAGUGUGGGAUCACAGCCCAUCCUGUGCCAAUCAACCACUAAGAUCAGAUGAAGCAGCAUCAUCUUCAAAUGAUAGCUCUACUCACAUUGGAAAGCUAUUGAAGAUUGUUGACUCAACAGAGAUGUCUCGAGGACCAGAAGAUAUUCCUGGACACUGGCUGGUUACAGGCGCAAAGCUGGGAGUCGAGAAGGGAAAGAUCGUCAUUCGUGCAAAGUAUUCAAUAUUGAACUAUUAAAACCACAUAAACCUAUCUAUGAAACAUUCUUUGCACAGGUAUUGGUUGUUUUUUGGUUGUAAAUUAGCUUAGCUGUUUUUAGUUCCUUAGGAGAAGUGGUCUUUGGAUUUCAUUCAUUGUUGUAUCUUUGGAAUUGGACUUGUUCCAGUCCUUAUGUAUCUUUUGUUUAUGAACCAUGUAUACCUUUUAACACUGGAUUAAAAAAAAAGUAACACAUUAUUGUUGUUUUGGUAAA